GGAAAAGAGGGAGAUAGGAGAAAAUGGGGGGGAAGGAGGUAAAUGGGGAAAUAAGGGGGGAAAUGGGGGCCAGCCGAGCAGCAGAAGGGCCGUGAGGGACCCUGGGGGCAUUCCCGCGUUCAGUUCCCCCGCCAGACAACUCGGUGUGUCCCUUGAUUAACCUACACUGCUGUUUAAUUGGGCGUCCCUCUCCCGAAGUUUGCUGAGCACCAAUCAAGGCUUACAUUUAAGCUCGUAGGUCAGCUGUUACUGUAGGGCUGAGUGUUAGGUUAACUCCUCUGCUUUGUUUUUUCCUUCUGGAGGGGCUAUAAUUAGCUUAUGGGACGUUCUGGUUAUCUAGAGCAUCCCACCAAGGUCAGUAACGGUACUCAAGCAGUGUUCCUCAUUACUGAUAAACUCCACUUGCUGCUAAUUACAGGAGUCCUGUAAGGAGCUGACAGCUUUUUUAGUUCUGCACCCUGCCUUUGACAUUGCUCCUUCACAGAAGAACUGGUUCGGGCUUGUACCAAAUUUGCAUCCUUCUUCCAACGGGAACAUCUUGGGAUGGCUGCCUCCAGCUGGGAGUCUGCAGAUCCCCCUCUGCUUGGCUAACAAAACGUGGUCAAGUGCUCUGUGUGAUCAGACCCUUCAUCACUACGCCAGCUGCAUCCCCAGUGUCAGUGCACAGAGUUUUAUAGCUUUCUGUACUUGGGCUACAGGGCUAUAAGACAGUACCCUUGGAUUCUUUGAGUCUGCAUCCUCAAAAUGUAAAAUUGAAUGGAGCCCUGCAGUUCCUGUCCCAUUGUGCAGGUUGUUGCUGACCACGGGAAGACUUCCUCUCAAAGCUGUUUAAAUGAGAAUGUCCCUGGCGCAAAGAGUACUACUGACAUGGCUUUUUACGUUGCUCUUCCUGAUCAUGCUGGUGCUGAAGUUGGAUGAGAAGGCACCAUGGAACUGGUUCCUCAUUUUCAUUCCAGUCUGGAUAUUUGAUACUAUUCUCCUCGUUAUGUUAAUUGUAAAAAUGGCCGGACGGUGCAAGUCUGGCUUUGACCCACGUAACGGCUCGCAGAACAUCAAGAAAAAAGCCUGGUACCUCAUCGCAAUGCUGCUCAAGUUAGCCUUCUGCCUUGCCCUCUGCGCUAAACUGCAGCAAUUCACCACGAUGAAACUAGCCUAUGUAUUUAUCCCCUUGUGGGCCUUGCUUAUCGGGGGUAUGGUUGAACUUGGAUAUAAUAUCUUCUAUGUACGAAGAGACUGAGCUGUAUGGGGUAUUCAUGUCCGAGACUGGUACGGAACUGCUGGAUUAUUAGCUUUGCCACAGAUAAGAUCUCUAGGGCACCACGUAAGAAAAUACUCUGGAGAUUUCAUCUAAACCAGGCUGGAGACCAAAAGUAGACUUGUUCCAUUUUUUAUUUUAAAAUGGUCAUACAUGCUCUUGUAAAUAAAAAUAUUUGUUCAACAU